AUAAUCCGUUUUUUUUGUCCACACGAGAUUUGGCGGGUUUUUGUUCAUCGUAAACAGCACAAAUUAAUAAUUGACUAUCAGACAAUAUAUAGAACUAUCAAGACUGAUAUAUAGAAUACUUGCCGCAAAUUAUUUCUCAGGACAAUCAUUUUAUAUUUUACAAAAUACUAUUAUUUAAAAAAAUAUAAACAAUGGCGAGUGGAAGACUUCAUAUUGGCGACAAGCAUGUAGCGGAGAAUGUAAACAAGAAUGUGGCGAUUGAAGGCUAUCUAACCAAGAGGAAUGCUCAUGUUUCAAUACGCAUUCAUAUUAAAUUAUCCGGCAAUGAUCAAGGUCAAUAUGUUUGGGUUGACGACAAGCAUCCUCUACGUAACUGUCUUUUAUCUUUAUUCUCCAAACAAGACCGCGAUGAUGAAAUUAAUAGCCAAGACAUUGGGAUUAGCAUCAAUACUCUUAGCCUACGCUAAAUUUGAAAACCCAGAGUACAUUGAAUUUAGAUACGGUCUGUUGACGACAGUAUUAUUGCUGAUGCUCAAUGGAACUCCGCUUAUGAAUCUCGGUCAAGUCAUAAAGACCAAGAGCACGGAAAUUCUUCCAUUUCCACUGAUCGCCAUGGGGACUGUCGCAUCUUUCCUAUGGUUACUUUAUGGCAUCAUAAUUAAUAACGGAUUUAUUAUCUUCCAAAACGUUGUUGGGUUGUUUUUAUACAUCGUCCAGUUAUCUUUGUUUGCUAUCUUCCCAUCAAAGCCUGCGGAAGUAACUUCUAGCCAUUCCAAGAAGAAGUAGAAUUAUAAAUUUUUAAUAUUUCUUUUAAAAGACGUUUAUUUUUUAAACUAAACUAAGUCAAUUUGUAUGUUACUACACGAGCUGGCCUCGGUUCAAGUUAACUAAUAACGAAUUUCUUUAAAUCUUGUAAUGCAAUAAUGCACGAAGCUAUUUUUUAUAUAAACAAUUUAUCAGAUGUUAUAUUAAUCAAUUAUAUUUUUAACGCAAUAUUAAAAAUUUAUUCGAUAUUUUUUAUAGAAGCAAUUAUGUACAUCUAAAAAAAUGAUAGAUUAUAUUAAUCAAUUAUAUUUUUAAUGAAAUAUUUACAAUUAUAUCAAUAUUUUUAACUGGUCUAUGUAAUUAUUAAUCAAUGUAAACUAAUUAGUUAAUUUGUAAUUAAAUAAAUUUUACUUUGUCCCAAGAGGAACAUGGAGUAUACGGAGUAUAUGGAGUAACAAAUAAUAAUAAUAAU